GCCCCCCCCGCGCCCCUCCCCCCCCAUCAUGGCGUUCACCUUCGCCGCCUUCUGCUACAUGCUGACCCUCGUGCUCUGCGCCUCCCUCAUCUUCUUCGUCAUCUGGCACAUCAUCGCCUUUGACGAGCUCCGCACGGACUUCAAGAACCCGAUCGACCAAGGGAACCCCGCGCGGGCGCGCGAACGGUUGAAAAACAUCGAGAGGAUUUGCUGCCUCCUGCGCAAGCUGGUGGUGCCCGAGUACUGCAUCCACGGGCUCUUCUGCCUCAUGUUCCUGUGCGCGGCCGAGUGGGUGACGCUGGGGCUGAACCUGCCCCUGCUGCUCUACCACCUCUGGAGGUAUUUCCACCGCCCGGCCGAGGGCUCCGAGGGUCUCUUUGACGCCGUGUCCAUCAUGGACGCCGACAUCCUGGGCUACUGCCAGAAGGAGGCCUGGUGCAAACUGGCCUUCUACCUGCUCUCCUUCUUCUACUACCUGUACAGUAUGGUGUAUACACUGGUGAGCUUCUGAGGGGGGGCACCCCCGGGACCCCCGCCGCUGGAC